AGAGAAAGAACAAGACAUCCAAGAUGGCGUCUGUCAACAGUGAGGAGUGGAGAGCGCUCUGUGACAAAUUCACCAACGCCCAAAAUCUUACAGAUGUUGAAUCACUAAAUGAUCCGAGGAAUGACCCAUUCCGCUCCAAAUACAAAGCGAGAGAGCUGCUGCGAGAAAUCUAUUGCUCUCUAAAAAGUUUCGAGGGUGUGGAGGAGGACCGCGGGGUUGAGACCAGCCUGCAGCCAGAGGAGGAGGCGGCGGUAGAUGGGCAGCGUCAGGAUGUGUCCGCGGAGGGGCUCUGCGGGGACUCACCUGCGGGCAUGCGGACCGCUAAGCUCGCAGCGGUGGAGUAUUACCUGGGCGUCAACCACAUCGACACAGAGGAGCUGCCAGCUGGCCAGGAGCACUUGGGAAACUGCAUGGCACUGCUGGACAAAUGCACCGUGACCUGCUAUAAUGUCUCACUUUUCAUUCACGUCAGGAACCAGCUGGGCAUCCUUUGGGCAGGCUACGAUGAGACGGAGAAGGCUCAAGGCUUCCUAGAGGCAGCCGAAUCCAACUACCAUCAAUAUAUGAAAGAUGAUGGAAGUCCUCCAAUUGACAUGACAGAGUAUUUCUCUGUUGAAGAAAAUAUGUUGACACACCAAGAAAGAGUCAGAAGAUUUGAGCUGGCCUAUACCCACACAAUGUAUUACCUUGCACAGGUCUAUAAAAACCUUGGUCAAACUGAGCGGGCUGCUACAUAUUGUCACAGUACUCUGCAGAGACAGCUAAAAUUAAAUCAAUACAAUCCUAUGGAGUGGGCUUUAAACGCUGCUACUCUGUCUCAGUAUUACAUCACAAAGGGGCGAUAUAUGGAAGGGAGACAUUGCCUUGCAGCUGCGACUGUUAUAUCUGGUUUAGCUGGGGACAUUCCUUCUGAGGCUGCAGCACAAGAAAGUGAAAUAGAAAGUGAACGUAGAGAGACACUCAGGCAGAAGAGAGCAGAGAUCGCGAGAUGUUGGAUCAAGUAUUGUCUGAACUUGCUGCAGGAUGCUCGGAAGCUACUGGAGGACAACAUUGGUGAAAUAGAUUCUGAUCGCCAAGAAGAGCUGGGAAAUGCAAGAAGACGAGCUGAAGAGGAGGAGGAAAAAGGACGGAAGAGCACGCUGCUGUUUGAUUCUGAAGAUACUUUUGACUCUAUUGCCAGCCUGGAAGAAAAGGUACAAUGUUUGUUCCCACUGGACUUUACAGAGGCACGUGCUGUAUUUCUUGUGGGACAGAACUAUGUAACUCAGGCUAAAGAAUAUUUCCAGAUGGACGGUUAUGUGACAGACCACAUUGAAAUUCUGCAAGAUCAUAGUGCUUUGUUCAGAGUACUGGCAUUUUUUGAAGAGGACCUUGAACGACGCUGCAAAAUGCACAAGAGGAGAGUUGACAUGCUGGAGCCAAUUUGUAAUGAACUUAAUGCUCAAUACUACCUUAUGAUCCGGCGUCAGUUGAUGUUUGAGUUGGCUGAGACUUAUAAUGACAUGAUGGAUCUGAAGCUCGCUCUGGCUAACAGACAAGCAGACACACAGUCUUUAGACAGCCACACCAUAAAGAAAUUCAACCAUCUUUGCUCUUCCUCUGCAAAAUACUUCCAAAUGUUCCUGGACUCUUUGCGUUCUCCAGAAGGGAAGAUACCAGACCAUUUGGAGGAAGAAGUACUCAGACCUGCUCUAGUGGCUCGCUUUAGAGUCGCACGACUUCACAGCCGCCUCAUCAGCUCUUCACCAACAGUGCAGCUGGACAAUCUCAACAAAGCUUUGGAAAACUACAAAUACGUGGUUCAGUACUGUGAGACUCAUCCUGAGGCAGGAGCUGUCGUGGAGAUAGAGCUGGAGCUGAGUAAAGAGAUGGCCGGCCUGCUGCCAUUGAAAAUCAAUCGGCUCAAAGCAAGAAUGGGUUCCAAUAACUGAACACUAUUGUACUGAUCUUCUCACGGGCCAAAAUACAAGCUACCAAUGGCUUACACUAAAACAAUGAAUAGCAAUGUUUAGAUUAGCUAUCACUUGUGACUCUGCUAUGUUAAUUUAUUGUUUACUUGCUGUGGCACAGUUCCUAUAUGAAAUUUAACUGUGCAAGCAGUUCUACUUGUAUCUGCAUGAAGUAUUGUCUUAUCUUUUAACUAAACCUGUGCAAUUAUCCUGUUCAUGUAAAUAUUGUAUGUAAUUGUACUGAACCAAGUAUGUGUAACUGUGCUACUUAGACACCUGCUUGAACUAUUGUAUCUGUGACCGGGCCAUUGGUUGAAUGACUUAAAAUAGUGGCCUUACAAAAGAGAAUGCAAAGAUAAUCUUCUUGCAAUCUUCAGAUUUGAGACUAUAAUAUGGUACUAGCUACAGCUAAAUAGUUAUUAUCUGCAACUUGGAGACAAUAAACACUUGGUGACACACUUUUUA